AUGGCUGAUAGCAGUUUCUAUGCAAACAAAUUAAUAUUAGCUCCUAUGGUUCGAGCUGGUAGAACACCGCUUAGAACUUUGGCACUACAGUAUGGUGCUGAUUUGGUAUAUACAGAAGAAAUUGUUGAUCAAAAACUAUUAGGUUCUCAACGAACAGUUAAUGAUAUUCUUGGAACAACUGAUUAUACAUGUGAAGAUGACGUCGUUUUGAGGAUAUGUAAUCGAGUUGAAAAGCAGAAAUGUGUCUUACAAAUUGGAACAAAUGAUGCAGAACGAGCGGCAAAUGUUGUUAGAAAAGUUGGAAACGAUGUAGCAGCAAUUGAUAUCAAUAUGGGUUGUCCGAAACCAUUUUCUAUAGCUGGCGGAAUGGGUGCUGCUUUAUUAGGAAAUCCUGAAAGAGCGAAAGAGAUAGUACAGACAUGUGUCUCGGUUUCCACAAUUCCAAUCUCUUGUAAGAUACGUGUAUUAGAUAAGCAAGAAGAUACACUCGAAUUUGUGAAGAUGCUCGAAAGAUGUGGUAUUUCAGCAAUUGGUGUGCAUGGCAGACGUAGAAGUGAACGACAAAGUAAUAUGAAUCGUUUAAAUGAAAUUCGUGAAAUCACUCGAGUAGUUUCUGUUCCAGUUAUUGCGAAUGGAUUUUCUGGUUCAAUUAAAAAAUAUGAAGAUAUUAUAAAGUUUUGGGAGCAAAGUGGUGCAAGUAGUGUGAUGAUAGCAAGAAAAGCUCUCAGUAAUCCAAGUAUAUUUUGUUCCAAAGGUUUCAUAUCAUGGGAACAAGAAAUAUGUGGAUUUUUGAAAAUGGCUUGCAAAUAUGAUGAAAAUUUCACCUCAACAAAAUAUGUAGUGCAGAGAAUUCUCGGAUCUAAACAGGAAACUGACGAACGUGGACGAGAAACUGUUUUAGCAGGAAGUAUUUCAGAUAUUUGUAAAGCAUGGUCCAUUAGUGAUAUAUAUAACUGUUAUAAAAAUAUUCGAAAACGAGCAACACAGAAGCGAAAAUUUGAAGUGGAUGAUGAAACAGGAAUAAGUUUUAUUGAUCUCACAUUUCCACCUAAGCGACUCAGAGAUAGAAGUGGAGCAGUAACUCCAAAGUGUAUUUUGAAUGCUUUUUGUGAUGAAAAUGGAAUUAAUCGGCCAAUUUAUCAAUGCAAAUUACGCAUAACUGAUAAAAGGUACGAAGCAAUUGUUGAAAUUGAUCAUAAGAAGUUCUCAUCACGUAUUGGUCAACCAAAUAAAAAAAUGGCUGAACAGGUGGCAGCAUUGGCUGCUUUAAUUGGUCUUGGUAAGCGUGAAAAAUUACCCGGUGAUUGGGAAGAAUAA